UAAAUUUAAUCACGCCCGCACUUGAUUACUGGAAGGUGCGGAAGACUUAAAGAGAGUCGAGUAAGUUGCAAAGGCAAAGGAGAGUAGACUACUCUAGAGAAAGGGAGACCGUCUCAAAAAAUUUCGCGAGCGUACUUAUAGUUAUAGCUGGAUAUGGUUCGGGAGCCUCCUGCGAUCGCGCCGUGGAGAAGAAGCUGAUCGGCGACCGGCUGGGAGAGAGAGAGAGGAUAUCGGCGAUCGACCCCUAGGGUUUUGCGAGGGAUUCCAUGGCCAUCUGCGGUGGCUUCCACGACGGCAACAUUCAUGAUUUGCUCGAGAGCAGAUGCGUCGACACGCGCCACGAUGCAAAUCGCAGUCUGCAAAUGCACUCGUCAUUAGUUCAGAGGCUCUCCCAUGAGAAAGAAUUAGAGGGACAUCAAGGUUGUGUUAAUGCUAUUGCUUGGAAUUCUAGUGGCUCACUUUUAAUAUCAGGAUCAGAUGACACUCGGGUCAAUAUUUGGAGCUAUUCACGUCGGAAGCUUUUGCAUUCAAUUGAUACUGGGCACUCUGCAAACAUCUUUUGCACAAAAUUUGUCCCCGAAACAUCAGACGAGCUUGUAGUCUCGGGAGCUGGAGAUAGAGAAGUCAGGUUAUUCAACUUGUCUCGAUUAGAUGGGAGAGGAACUGAAGAAAAUGCUAUUCCUCCAUCGGCACUUUUCCAGUGCCACACUGGAAGAGUUAAAAAAUUAGCUGUUGAAGUUGGUAACCCCAAUGUUGUCUGGAGUGCAUGCGAAGAUGGAACUUUGAGGCAGCAUGACUUUCGGGAAGGUAAUUCUUGCCCUCCUGCUGGAUCUCCGCAACAGGAAUGUCGAAGUGUUCUGCUUGACUUGCGUUCUGGGUCCAAGAAAUCACUAACAGAUCCUCCAAAAGGAGUACUUGCACUAAAAUCUUGUGAUAUCAGUUCCACCAGGCCUCACUUGAUUGUAGUUGGUGGGAGUGAUGCAUUUGCACGGUUAUAUGAUAGAAGGAUGCUGCCACCAUUGACCUCCUGCAGGAAAAAGAUGGCACCACCUCCUUGCGUCAACUAUUUCUGCCCAAUGCAUCUCUCAGACCGCGGACGCUCAAGCUUGCACCUGACUCAUGUUACAUUUAGUCCAAAUGGAGAAGAGGUUUUGCUCAGCUAUAGUGGAGAGCAUGUGUACCUAAUGAAUGUAAACUCUGUAGGAGGAAAUGUGAUGAAGUAUACUGCAGCAGAUGUCUCAAAGCUGACAACCUUCACUGCUUGGCCAAAUGGAGUGGAAAUGCAACCAACAGUUACCAAAAACUAUCCACAUCAUCUUGCGGCUUCACAGCUUGAGAAGUGCCAGAAUAUAAUGCAGUUUGCAGAAGCAUCCUUGAGAGAGGGAACAAACUAUUAUCAUGGAAUUGAGGCAUGCAGUGAAGUUUUGGAUGGACACUGGCAAGUGAUUGAACCUGCCUUAAGGCUUGAAUGUCUGUGUACACGUGCAGCUUUGUUACUCAAGCGGAAAUGGAAGAAUGAUGUGCAUAUGGCUAUAAGAGAUUGCCAGAGAGCAAGGAUGAUCGACACUUCUUCUGUCAGACCGCUUUAUUAUAUGUCUGAAGCUUUAUCUCAGUUGGGCAAACAUAAAGAGGCUCUAGAAUUUGCUCUUUCAGCACAGUGCUUGUCUCCAUCAGAUCCUAAGCUAGAGGAAAGGGUGCAGGAUAUAAAACAGCGUCUUGCUGCAGCUGAAGCAGAAAAAAAUAACAAAGUAACAAAUGGAGCACCAAGAUCCGAGCCUCGAGGAGCAAGAGUGCUAUCAUUAGGUGACAUUCUAUUUCGAUCAGAGGCUAAUAGUGAUGCUUCCCAAGAUGGUCCAAGAUCUGAAAGAGAGGAAUCUGAUUAUGAUGAGGAAAUGGAGGUGGAUUUUGAAACGUCAAUUUCCGGCGAUGAAGGACGUGAUGUUGAAUCAAAUGUUCUACAUGGAAGUUUAAAUUUGAGAAUCCACCGAAGAGGUGAUUCAUAUAGAGAAACUGCCAGCACAAAUGAUUCAUGUGGAUCCCCUUCAUCAUCGUCGCAGAAUGAUAAGAUCCUGUAUCAGCCUGAGGCAGUCAUUGAUAUGAAGCAGAGAUAUGUUGGGCAUUGCAAUGUGGGAACUGAUAUAAAGCAGGCCAGUUUUCUAGGGCAGAGAGGUGAAUAUGUUGCGAGUGGAAGCGACGAUGGCAGAUGGUUUAUCUGGGAAAAAAGGACGGGUAGACUGAUUAAGAUGCUUCUUGGAGACGAAGCAGUUGUGAAUUGCGUGCAGUGUCAUCCCUUUGAUUGUGUUGUGGCGACCAGUGGGAUUGACAACACGAUAAAGAUAUGGACUCCAAGCGCGCCUGUUGUUGCUGGAGUGGCGGCUGGACCAGAGACUGCCGAUGUAUUGGUUGCUAUGGAAAACAAUGAACGCAGAUUGAUCCACAAUCGUGAGUUUAUUUUGCCCAUUGAAAUCCUUGAGCGGUUUAGGAUGCAUGAGUCUGCUGAAUGUGCCCAAAGUUGAGAGCGAUUGAGGUAUGGAGAAAGUAUGGUUGGAUGUUUCCUUCAGCUGUAGUUUUUGAUAGAAGGGAUGGAUUGGUUUCUGUAAUGAUGCUUAUAAUGGAGCAAAGCUCGAGGGAGGAGAAACACACAGCAGGAAUGACAACAAAUUGUAUCACAUCGAGCUAUACAGCUGAAGUUGAAUAAAGUAGAGUUUGCUUCUCCCUGAAAACUCAUUCGUCACAAGUCUCUGGUUUCGUCCUGUGUUUUUUUAUUUAUUUAUUUUGUUUCUCUCCUAAAUUAUCUCCCUGUAUCUAGCAAUUCUUCUGUGUAUGUGGCAUGUAUAUUUUGAAUAGUUUAUGCUUCUCAGUUAAUCGUUAGUGAUGGUUUAUUGAUGAUUA